GCGUCGGCCUUACUAAACGAGGAAGCAGCUGUUUAGUAUUGGGAUUUGAAAAGAUGUCGUUGACGCGGGGCAUCGGUAAAGACGAGUACAUGAAGAAAAGAAUACCCAGAAAUACAAAGUAUGACCACAUCAAAACGAAGCUGGACACAGGAUGCAGCAGAACAAAGUACAUGGAAAGGCUGGAGGAGAUUAGAAAAAACUACAGGUAUCGAAAAGGGGAAAUCUUCAAACGCUUAAAGGUGACAACUUUUGCACAGUUGAUACUUCAAGUCGCUUCUUUUUCAGACGAGUGUUAUUGCGAGGUAGAUGGCGAGCCCCCUAACACCCAACAAGAUGGUCUGUCAAUCAUCUCUGAGGCAGGCCUGGAAGGUGAAUGUGAACGUGUCAGUGGCUCAUCACUCCAGCUGCCUCUGUCAGACCGACUUUAUGCAGGAGAUGGCAAGGAUAACUGCCAAACGGCCAGGUCAACACUCCUCAGUGUUAUUAAUGGAGUGGGAGAGCUGAACAUGGAAGAGGAGCCUCAGCAGAAAGCAGAGUCUGUUUCCAGCCCCAUACCCACAGAGACGCCCUACCCAGACUGCCCCUACCUGCUGCUGGACGUGCGUGAGCGCGAUCAGUAUGACUCCUGCCACAUCAUUAGCGCUCACAGUUUCCCCAUGGCCAUGCUGUCCAGAACCAUGAAUCCGUACACCAAAGAAGUGCUGGAAUAUAAAAAUGCUUUGGGAAAGAUCAUCAUUGUUUAUGACGAAGAUGAAAGGAUAGCCAGCGUGGCAGCCACCACCAUGUGUGAGCGGGGAUUUGAGAAUCUCUUCAUGCUCUGUGGGGGUCUUAGAGUAAUCGCCCAGAAGUUUCCAAGCGGGAUGACGACAGGCUGCAUCCCAGCAUCAUGCCUCUCCUCUCCUAACUCAUCGAAGGGGAGGAAAUGCUCUGUGGUCCAACAGUCAGCUCAAGCUGCCGAGAAACGUUGGAGGUUUACAUCGGAUGAGCUGGACAAGAUCCAGGAGCAGCUGGAUGAGAUAACCGUCCCCAGUAACUCACAGAGUCGCCUAUCCAGCCGCACAUCAUCCAGCAGCAGCCGGUCCAUAGCUUCCAGUCGUCACAGCUCCUCCACAGCGGGGAGAAAUGGCUCCAGGGCCCAGAGCAGUAGACCCUGGAAAUAACACCUCUGCCAAACAACAACCAUACCUCCAUCAGAAAACGUCCUCAGAAUGUUUUGAUGUAACCACUUCGUGGGUGGACAUUGGCUACAGACAUUUCACUACUUUUUGCAGUUGCCUUAUUUCAUCAACACUUUGGAAACACAUUUACUUUGGAUGAAUCAGGUUCAGCUGAUCAAAUCCUGUUUUCAUGCAGAAAUGUUCUUUGCUGUGAUCUUUGAUGUGAUUUUGCUGUUUAAAUUGCUUCUCUGUAUUCUAAGUUUUGCAGAGUGCCUGAUCUGUUUUACUUUAAAAAAAUCCAUGCUUGCACUCAGAUUUUAGUUUAAGUGACUCGUUGCUUUUUCUAAGAUCCUUUUACUGAGGGGACCAAAGGCAAUGCUGUGAAUUUCUUUAUCAUAUCAGAUGUUUAAUUAAAGCCUGGCUUGCCAGCUGUGUAAAAUGUUUGUUUUUAGUGGCUUUUUUAACCAAACUAAUUAUUCACCAUUGGUCUUGAUGAUCAGCAGUUUGAAAUGUUUUUGUGGUUGGAAGUUUUGCAGAGUGCCUGAUCUGUUUUACUUAAAAAAAAAAAAAAAAAAAAGGCAUGCUUGCACUCAAAUUUUACUUUAAGUGACUCGUUCAGAUUUGCUUUUUCUAAACUCCUUUUACUGAGGGGACCAAAGGCAAAGCUGUGAAUUUCUUUAUUAUAUCAGAUGUUUGAUUAAAGCCUGGCUUGCUAGCUGUGUAAAAUGUUUCAGUUUUUAGUGGCUUUUUUAACUAAAUUAAUUAUUCACCAUUGGCCUUGAUCGGAUAAGAUCAGCAGCUGGAGAUGUUUUUGUGGUUGAAAGUUUUGCAGUGCCUCAUCUGUUUUAAUUAAAAAAGGCAUGCUUGCAAUCAGAGAAAAAACUGCAGAUCAAUUAAAACUACGGCAUUGAUCAUCUGUGGCCUAUCUGUUUUGUCCACUGCUGUCUGUUUAUUUAAAAGAGAAUGUCUUCACCGUUUUGUCACAAUGAGUAAUAUUCAAUUAACAUGGAGUGGUUGAAUAAUUAUGUUUGUAAAUUAAUGCUAAAUCAUUAGAUUUUUUUUUUUGCAGGAAUGGAUAAAUUUCUCGCUUA